ACCUAAUUUACAAGUGUCAUCAUCAGUCAAACACAGCUGAUUAUCAAACAUUGUCAAAGUGCACCCGAAGUUAACAAAAACAAUGGCCCAAAAUCGCUACGUAAAGUCCACGAACCCCUUCGAGGAAGACGACGUGAGCGACGAACUGUUCCUGCGUAACUCGCGCCGUCCUCCGCCCUCCAGCUUCGACGAACAGAUACAGUCGUACCAGGAACAGAAGAAGGCCAUUGAAGAACGGACGAUAAACAGCACCUACGAUAGCUUAAACUUGUUGCGCGAAUCGGAGCAAAUUGGCAUUGCAACUGGCGAAGAAUUGAUGCGACAGCGCGAGAAAUUAGAGAAGACAGACAAGCAACUGGACGAAAUCAAUGCAACGCUGAGAUUUUCGCAGAAGCACAUCAACGGCAUAAAAUCGGUGUUCAGCAGUUUGAAGAACUACGUGUCGGGCAAAACAGACGCCAGUCCCACCACCUCCAGUUCCACAACCCCAAGCACAGUCAAACAAUCGUCGUCGACGCAGAACUUUGAAGAUAAGUCUUCCUACGACAGAUAUGAAGAGCAUCCAGUAACCAGAUUGAGAGACAACAAUUACCAGCCUCAACAAACCGUGUCCGGUAGCAAAGACUUCAGUGCUCGAUUGGAUGCGAACCUGCAAGAAAUGUGCAACAAUAUCACUAGACUAAAAGGCCUGGCCACUGAUUUAGGCGGUGAAAUAGAUUCUCAGAACGAUUUAAUAUCGAGCAUCACUGAUAAAACUGAACAAGCUGAUAUUACUAUUAGGAGACAAAAUAAAGAUAUGCAAAGGAUAUUGAAAAAGUAAUUUUAUGGUGUAUGGAUGAGAUUAAAACAAAAAUUAAUUUCAAUUUGGGCUUUUGUCUAAUGGUUAUGAAAAGAUUAUGUUUUGGAGGUGUGAAUUUUUGUCUAAAACGCUCAGGUAUUCUAAUUACAAAUAUAUUCUACGCAAAUUUAUAUUUACAAGAUGUGAUUUAUUAUUGUAUUAUGUUUAUUAGGCAAAUAAAUGUGAGAUUAGUAAAGUCUUUGAUGGGA